AUUAGAACAACAACAACAGUGAUAAUUUGUUUGUGCAUUCAUAAAAAUUGUGCAGUUACAAGCGGCUUGCAUGAAGCUGCAAGAAAAGUGGGAACGUCUUUCAACGACUGCCGCCGUCUCGCCAACAGUCGCCAACACUGUUAACGUAAACGUGAUCUCAAACGCGUCUCGCGCCUUCUUAUGAUGGAACUCUUGUCAAACAAUUCAGUUCCGCAACAAAUGGCUAGUAGUAAUACGCCCACCAAUUCCGGCAACCCCGCCGUCAAUACAAAUGGUGGCAGUGGCGGCAGUAUCAGCAGCAAUGCCAGCAACUCAUCAGAACGCCUUUUGGCCGGAAUUCUGGAAUCGUUCCCCUCGUGGGAUCUUAAUGCUGGUCUUCUGCCCAGCAUGGGACAAAGUCAGCUAAAUGGAUCGCCACCACGCACUGACUUCUUUAUUAACAAUUUUCUGGGCGGACUUGACUCACAUGGUGACUUUAGUAUUGGGCCCAUUGUCAGUGGAGCUCGCAAUCCAAAAAUGUCACCAGAGUCCUCAAACAAUUCGAGCAUCAGCUGUGGGUGGUGCGAGGUCAGCGCUUCCAUACGCUGCCUGGAGUGCAACGAGUUUAUGUGCAAUGAUUGUCUGCGGGAGCAUCGCAACAGUCCGCUAUCGUCGAAUCAUUCGAUUGUUUCACUGCCCACGCCCAUUGGCGCCUCACCCACCGGUGGCACUUCGGCUAAUGCACAGACGCCGGCCAGUUCGAAUUUCAUAUGCGACAUCCAUAACGAGAUGCUGCGCUAUGUAUGCGACUAUUGUCGCAAGCUAGUCUGCCAGUGCUGCACACUGCACGAGCACAAGGAGCACAGCUAUGCUUCUAUACAGAGCUUCAUGGUGGGGUCUAAGGAAAAGUUGGAAAACGCCAUUGAGAGCAGUCAGGUGGGCACCAGAUGCAUUAAGAGCAGCAUUGAUAAGGCCCUGGCCUUCAUACGUCUUAUAGAGCGCAACUGCAGUGAGCUUAGCGACAACAUACGCAAGGCCUUUCGACAGUUCAUUAUCGCCAUCGAGGAUCGGGAGCGGUUCCUGCUCGAUUUUGUGGAAAAGCUACGCCAGCGACGUCUCGCGAUCUUGCACGAUCAGAUGGCGGGUCUAAAGUCAGCCCUGGCCGGUCUCUCGGAGACAUCAGACAUGCUUAGCAAGGUGGCCGAUAAUGCCUGCACCAUGGAUCAAAUAGAGAUUGCAAUGAAGUUGACCAAUGGACAGCGUCAAAUGGAACAGUUCGCGGGUAUCUACAAGGACUUACAGCCGAAGCAGGAGGUGUUUGCAUUUGCUCCACCCGACUAUAGUCUGCUUCAAGACAUACGUAAUCAGGGUGGCGUCAUUCUGGUCGAUGAUAAAAACAUGCCCAUCGUAUCAAGCACUAAUGGCAUUGUCACGGCCCCUGGUGCCGGUAGCGGUGCUGGUGCUAGUAACAGUGGAGCUAACGGUGCUGGAUCUGGAAUUGAUAUAGCCUUUGGCGCAAUGCUGCCGAUGCCCAACAAUCCUUUGAGCGUUGCCGCAACAAAUGUGCGCCGACCGUUGCUUCGUGACAACUCAUUUCGCAUACCAUCGCCCAUUAUGCAGCCACGAGGAGGCAGCGCCUGUGGCAUGUCGAGUGCGGCACUAGACUGGGAAUUGAAUGGACUGCGUAGCUCUCCGGGAUUGCAUUUUAGUGCGCCCCGCACCACGCAAGCCAUCCCGGGCUGUAUGGAUCUAGUCAAAGCACGAAACUCGAAUGCUCUAUCGUUGUCGUUUGCCACCGAGGGCCAUGAGGAUGGGCAGGUCAGUCGUCCGUGGGGCUUGUGCGUUGACAAGAUGGGUCACAUAUUGGUCUCAGAUCGUCGAAACAAUCGUGUUCAGGUUUUCAAUCCCGAUGGCUCGCUUAAGUUCAAGUUCGGUCGCAAAGGUGUUGGAAAUGGUGAGUUUGAUUUACCGGCGGGCAUCUGUGUGGAUGUGGACAAUCGCAUAAUUGUCGUCGACAAGGACAACCAUCGGGUGCAGAUCUUUACGGCCAGCGGCGUCUUCUUGCUGAAGUUCGGUAGCUAUGGUAAGGAGUACGGCCAGUUUCAGUAUCCCUGGGAUGUGGCUGUCAACUCGCGACGUCAAAUCGUUGUUACCGACUCGCGCAAUCAUCGCAUACAGCAGUUUGACUCUGAGGGACGCUUCAUACGCCAAAUUGUGUUCGACAAUCAUGGACAGACAAAGGGCAUAGCCUCGCCUCGUGGUGUCUGCUAUACACCUACGGGGAACAUUAUUGUUUCGGACUUUGAUAACCACUGCUUAUAUCUCAUAGAUCCAGAUAUUAACGAUAUUCUUUCCGUCAAGGGUCACGAAGGCUCCGGUUUUCAUGAGUUUAAUCGUCCGUCAGGCUUGUGCUGCGAUGAUGAGGGUCGCAUUAUCGUUGCCGAUUCAAAAAAUCAACGCAUAUUGGUCUUUAAUCAAAAUCUGGACUUUCUGUGGGAUAUUGAGGUGCGACCAUCAAUUAACCCUCUGAUGCCGCCAACGCUUGACGAAAAAGACCGCACUUGCGAUGUAGCACUGAUGCCCGACGGGAGAAUUGUAUUCCUCAUAGAACUUUCACCGGAUUCCAAAGAAGGGUCUAACCCUUAUAAGCGGUUUGUGCACGUAUUCUAAACUAGUUAAUAACUGAGUGGGACGAGGGAGAAGAGUAAAUGAAAUGAGUAAUGUGGAAUACAAGAUCAAAUUGAUAAACAUAAGCACACCUUUUUUAGACCAUUUACAAGCCCCAAGCAUUAGCAUAGAAAACCCACAAGAGCAUUGAAAUUAGCGAAAAUUUUUAGCAUAAGUGCUACAACGAUUACCUCGAUAAUGCUUAAGAGUUGAUUAAUUAUGGUUGCAAAACCAAUUAAAACUAAUAACAAGUAAAAUACUUACCAACAGGACGAAUGCGUUCAGUAGGAUUUAGGCUAGAGAAACGUACCAUUAACAACAAACAAACCAGAACAAACCAACAAACAAAACCAAUUUAUAUGUUUGUAUGUCUACAAUUAAAAAUGUAGGUACUUCAUACAUACAUACAUUCAUAGAUACAAAUAUUAAUUAAUGUUAGUUAGUUAGACUGAUGGCAGUUUGCUAGCUGAGAAAGAUCUGGGCGGGGUGUGUUUUUUGUGCAGCAAACAAUUGAGUUUGGAAAGUUGCUUACAGGGGAGAGCUACUGCUACUAAGUUUUGUUUCGACGAGUUACUAAAUAAUUUCU